CCUCGGGCGUCACAUUGGCUAGGGCCGGCCCUGGUUGCACGGUUCCCUCCUUGGUCCUUGUGGAUAUGACGCCGAACUGGGACGGGAGCUCGGAGACUAUUGCAUGAUCCAUAAAACACGACCGAUACUGUAAGUUUGCGAUCUGGGGGAUUCUUCAGUACAUCAGGUGAAACAGGUGACUGUGACAAAGGCCUCUGGAUGUUGUGUGUACUGCAACUCAGGUGAAAGAGAGGGUGAGCUAAUUGUUAGGAUGAAGGAAGAGAGUUUGUACCACCGUCGGUUGUCAUUGUGCCCAAAUGCAACUUCCCCACCCAAGAUUGACCCCCGCACCCUCACAAGAAACCUUUCUUGUGGAGAAGAUAGUGACCUCUACAACCUCAGCUCAGGCAGUGAGACAGACAGGCAGGAUAUCUCCAUGAUGACUAAUGAACUUAGUCCUGCCCAGUCACCAGGCAGCAAGUCUGAGUCUAGGAUGUUUAAUGGUCUGGAAAAGGAAUGUCCCUCACCGACAGAAAAGCUUGCUCGAAAAGAGUCUCUUAAGGUCCAAAAGCAGAAUUACCGUCAAGAAAAGAAGCGGGCUGCCAAAGAACUGUUCAGCGCGCUGAAGGACCCGAGUGUUGUCAUUAUGUCGAACUGGCUAAAGAUCCGUGGCUCUUUAAAGAGUUGGACCAAGCUGUGGUGUGCCAUGAAACCUGGUGUUCUUUUGAUCUAUAAGACCCCCAAAACUGACCACUGGGUUGGCACUGUCCUGCUGAGUGCCUGCAAGCUCAUCGAGAGGCCCUCGAAGAAGGAUGGCUUCUGCUUCAAGCUUUACCAUCCACUGGACCAGUCCAUUUGGGCUGUCAAGGGUCCCAAAGGAGAAACUGUUGGCUCCAUCACACAGCCUUUACCAAGCAGCUACCUGAUCUUCAGAGCGUCUUCUGAGUCUGAUGGCCGAUGCUGGAUGGAUGCGCUGGAGCUUUCUCUGAGUUGCUCCAGCCUUUACAAGCUCACAGCCAAGUCGGGAAAAGAAGGAGAUAUCAGCACAAAUUCUGAGUCUUCUCACUUUCUCCAUCUUCUGCAGUCUAGCACGCUAGCAGACACAGAGCUUUUGCAGUUGAAUGAGUCUGUGCUGCUGGGCAAUCACCACAUGGACCAUGAUAGAUUUUCGGACAAAUCAGAGCGUGAUGGUCACGAUGACUGGGACGCUUCUGCCAUUGAUAAUGGAGGAAGGUUGACAGAAGAGAGUGAUGUGGACCAAUCAGAUGAAGCGAUGUCUCCCAUGCCACAGGGAACAAUUUAUGUUGAGCAGGGCACAGAAGAGAUGGCAGAGGCUGGGGAGGCAUCACAGGUUGAGACUGUUUCAGAGGAAAAUAAGGGUAUGAUCUGGGGUAUUUUGAAGCAGCUACGACCGGGCAUGGACCUCUCAAAGGUGGUGCUGCCCACAUUCAUCCUGGAGCCUCGUUCCUUCCUGGACAAGCUAUCGGACUACUACUAUCAUGCUGAUCUGCUCUCUCAAGCUGCACUGGAGGACAGUUCAUAUGGCCGUAUGAAGCAGGUAGUCAGAUGGUACUUGUCUGGCUUUUACAAGAAGCCUAAGGGUCUAAAGAAGCCUUACAACCCAAUAUUGGGAGAAACGUUUCGCUGCUGUUGGCCUCAUCCCCAAAGUCAAGGCUGCACUUUCUACAUAGCUGAACAGAUUUCGCACCAUCCACCCAUUUCUGCCUUUUAUGUCUGCAAUAGGAAGGAUGGUUUUUCCAUCAGUGGAAGCAUCUUGGCAAAGUCCAAAUUUUACGGUAACUCUCUGUCUGCUAUCCUGGAUGGCAAAGCGAGACUGGCCUUUUUGAGCAGGGAGGAGGAGUAUGUUAUCACGAUGCCCUAUGCUCAUUGUAAAGGUAUCCUAUAUGGCACUAUGACACUAGAGCUGGGUGGAAAGGUUACCAUCGAGUGUGAGAAAAACAAAUGUUUCACUGAGCUGGAGUUCAAGUUAAAGCCCUUCCUGGGAGGCCCAUGCUCUGUGAAUCAGAUCAGUGGCAAGAUCUUUGAGGGGGACGAGCUUGCUGCCACCAUCGAUGGACAUUGGGACAGUGAGGUUUUUAUUCAUGAGAAGCGCUCUGGACAGCAGGCAACAUUGUGGAAUCCGAGCCCAGAUGUCCGUCGCAGUCGUCUCAAGAGACGUGUGGUCCACUUUGACCAGCAGGGAGAGUUUGAGUCUGAAAGGCUGUGGCAGCAUGUGACCAGAGCAAUCAUAGAGCGUGACCAGUUGCAAGCCACACAGGAGAAGUUUGUGCUGGAAGAAGCUCAGCGUAAAGAGUCGAGGGAGAGGGGAGACAAGCCCUGGACCCCACGGCUUUUUUAUCAGGACACAGUGACCUCAGAGUGGACUUACAAGCAUGUGGAAGCCGAGCCAUGGGAGCCAGAGCGCUGUCUAGUUCAGUUUGAGAGAGAUGGAGUGAUUCAAACACUGGAGAAAACACAAAAACGACACAACGGCCUCUCUUACAGCGACAGCUGGCCCAGCCAACGCAAGGCUAAGGUGAACGGAACACAAAGGAAAGCCAGCAGUCAGCCGUCCAGCUGCAGCCAGAACACUGAGAGCAGCAGCAGCACCCCAGAACCAACACACGAGUCCUCUGAUAAUGAGGAAUUCUCAAACCACUGUGCACGAUGCAGCAAGGAUUUGGCCCUCCUCCAGACCUCCAUCGCCUCCGUACAGAAGACGCAGCAAGACAUUCAGAGGAACUUGUCAGCUCUGACUCGUCAGCUCACUCAGCAGAGGGCAGCAGAUGACAGUGUCUCGUGGAUGGGUCGGCACUGUGUGAUCGUCUGUUUGGUGCUCCUCUCACAUCUUCUCCUCUGCUACAUCUACGCCUGAGAACCUCAGUUCUCCGUCCAGCACCGACCUGACAUUAAUCCCACCCACAAGCACAAAGUAAUCAGCCAGGGGGGAGCCUAGAACUCAGAUGAGUGUUGGGCGAGGGACUUAGUCCCAUACUUUUUAUUGUAGGGAAAGGAAUAGCAUGAACAUUAUAGCAAUAAACACAGCCAACGCCUGUCAGACAUCUUCAGAUAGAAAGAAUUCCCCCUCGUGUAGCCAAACUGAAAGAGCACCGGCACCCACGCACUUUGGACAGGAGACAAGGGAUGACGGAAAGGAAUCACAAAGAGAGUCUUUCAAUUAAAACAAAAAAAAUGGAUGAGUUGUACAAUGAAGAUUUGUAAGAAUUUCGAGACCACUAUUCCUUAGUGUCUUUAUCUAAUUGCCCUGCAAUACUGUCUGAUUGUGAAUAUUUUUGUGAGUUGUAUGUAUGUACUGUAAGGCCCUAUGUGCGCAGGUAUAGCACUGCGUCAAUGUUUCGUGCAACUUCCACUCCAGAUUUUGGGCCUUAACCGCUGAUGCCAAAAAGGAAAAGAAAAAAAAAGGACAUCUUCCAACAGUGCAAUUCUGUUUUAUAUUCACACAUCCGCUUUGUCUCGUCUUGUAAUGAGCAUACUUUUACCAAAACAGUAUAUAUAAUCCGAGAGGACAAAGAGUUCUUGUUUACAGGGAGCACUGUGUGUGUGUGUGUGUGUGUGUGUGUGUGUGUGUCCAGUGGCACGUACUGUAGGAAGGAAGGUUCAUGUGGGUCAAGAGCGAGAGCCAUAAAAAGUGUCUUUAAAUUUGUGUGCCAACUGUGGCAUAAUGGAAGGGACGAUUGUGGGGCACUCUGUUCAGUUAGCGCUGGAUGCAGCAUGUGGAGUUGCAUAAUACCAUAACGCGAGGUCUCCUGUUUGACAUUUUGUUUUUAAACUAAGUUACAAUUUCAUUCAUCCUGAAAGAUUAUCUACAAAUGUACUUAACACUCUAAGCCAUGAUCACCAAAAUUUGAUCAGUUGUGUCUGUUAACUACCCGUAGUUGUCGUUAGCAGAUGGCUUGAGCAGCAUGCAGCACACAAAUGUAAAUAAGAUCAACUACAUUGAUUUUUAAUGUCAAGUGACUAAUGAUGGAAAUAGACUAACAAGUAUUGACGUUUUCUCACAAACAGCCAGAGCCAUAAGCCCUCCAAGUCCAAUCUUUCUGGCCUUUAGAGAAACUAUCGGUAAAACACAAUUGUUUUUGAAAUGGCCAUUUGGUGUUCGUCUUGGUCCACAACUUUUUCAGGUAACUUUGCAAAUGUAAAAACACUUGCUGAUUUGUUGUAUAUGUUCUUUGAGAAGGUAUGUACAUAUUUGUCCGCAGUGCUUUUACACUCUGUGAAAAAAAAAAAAAAAGAUUUCAGAAUGUAUUUAUUGUGUGAUCUACCCCCUUUGUAACUCAUCUUGGAGUGUAGAGUUUAGAGCGCAGGGAUGACAAUCUUGCUCCCAGUGUUAUGUGCUUCUUCUCUCAUUGAUGUAUUUUUGUGUGUCAGAAAGCCAUUGAGUUAUGCUAAAAAGCAAGUACCAUAUGUGACCAUUUUCUAACACUUCAUUUCAGUGCCCACUUUGUAACAUUUCAGUCCAGUGCCAGUACUGAUAAACCCAACGGGAUCACAUUUUAGUCAUGAAAGUCGACUCUGAAUGAUUUUUGUACAUUCUUUUCAUUAUUUGCCUGUUUUUAUAUCCGAUCACCACCACCUUCUGGGACUGUAUAUACCAUCUACUUUUGUUAUACUGAACAAAAACUCCAAACACAAUGAUGCCCAAUUUUUUUUCAUUCACAUUUGUUUCACACUGUAGCACUACAGUAAAAACGUUUAACUCCGACAA